AUGGAGAAAACUAACGGAGCCAACAAGCGAUGGAACUUCGGAGCUAACGAGGUCGUCGAACGAUCAAGCUCUCUAAGCAUUCGACAGUAUCUUGAAACCUUAAUUAGUAGUCUCAACGUCAACGACGGUAGAACCGUCAUCCCUCUCGGACACGGCGAUCCUUCUCCAUUCCCCAGAUUCAGUACCGAUCCUGUCGCUGUCCAAGCCAUCUGCGAUUCUGUCCGCUCCACCAAAUUUAACACGUACUCUUCCGCUUCCGGUAUUCCUAUCGCCAGAAAGGCUGUCGCAGAGUAUCUCUCUCGGGAUCUCUCUUACCAGAUAUCACCAGAUGAUGUUCAUAUCACAGCUGGUUGUUUGCAAGCCAUUGAGAUUUUGAUCUCUGCACUUGCAACUCCUGGGGCUAACAUACUCUUGCCUAGACCCUCUUACCCGAUGUAUGAUUCUCGAGCUUCUUUUAGCCAGCUCGAGGUCCGUUAUUUCGACCUCUUACAGGAAAAAGCUUGGGAUGUUGAUCUCGAUGCAGUUGAAGCUCUUGCUGAUGACAAAACCGUCGCCAUGGUUCUUAUCAACCCUUGCAAUCCAUGUGGAAAUGUUUUCUCUCGCCAACAUCUUCAAAAGAUUGCAGAGACGGCUUCCAAGCUUGGAAUACUUGUGAUAGCAGACGAAGUCUAUGAUCAUUAUGCGUUUGGGGAGAAACCGUUUGUAUCCAUGGCAGAGUUUGCGGAUAUAGUGCCUGUAGUCUUGUUAGGCGCCAUCUCGAAAAGAUGGUUUGUUCCUGGCUGGAGACUUGGCUGGAUGGUGACUCUUGACCCUCAUUGCGUCAUGAAAGAUUCUGGGUUUCUUCAGUCUCUUACCAAUGUCAUCAGCAUGUCAACGGAUGCUGCAACGUUCAUUCAGGGCGCGAUUCCUGAUAUUAUUGGGAAUACAAAAGAAGAAUUCUUCUCAUCGAAACUCGAAAUGGUGAGAGAAUGUGCAGAGAUUUGUAAUGAGGAGAUUACAAAGAUCCCUUGCAUCACUUGCCCCUGCAAACCCGAGGGGUCAAUGUUCACAAUGGUGAAGUUAAACCUUUCGCUACUCGAAGAUAUCAGUGAUGAUUUGGAUUUUUGCUACAAGCUAGCUAAAGAGGAAUCCCUGAUCAUCCUACCAGGCCGAGCUGUUGGGCUUAAGAACUGGCUACGUAUCACCUUUGCAGUUGAGCUCGAGCUUCUCAUAGAGGGAUUUUCCAGGCUAAAUAACUUUGUACAGAGACACUCCAAGAAGCAACCAUGA